AUGCGCUCUGCUCUACUUCUCGGCCUUCUUGGCUCGUCUCUUCAUCUGGGCGCCUCUCAUCCCACAGACCACAAUGCCUACAAGAACGGUCUCCGUCGUCGAACUGUCGACUUGAACGCUUUCCGUCUCAAGGCUACGGCUGAGUACACCAACACGGAUGAUACGACAACCAACUUGAGCAAGUUGAAGCUGCUCAAGCGGGACAGUUAUGUGGAUACCGCCACUGACCUUGUCAAAAGCGUUGUCGGCGACGCUACUUUCCGGCUCGUGGAGGACCACUACGUGGGCACUAAUGGAAUCGCUCAUGUGAACUUCAAGCAGACGGCCCAUGGUCUUGACAUUGACAACGCUGACUUCAACGUCAACAUUGGUCCCGAUGGAAGUGUGUUCUCCUACGGAAACUCUUUCUACACCGGCUCUAUUCCUGAGAGCCCACUGAAGAAGCGCGACUUCUCCGAUGCCACUGCAGCUCUAUCGGGUGCAGCCGACAUUCUGCAGUUGCCCGUGACCGGAGAGGCCACAGCAGAGGCUAUCGACUCGGCCACCGAGGCAUACGUGCUGAAGGGCACCUCUGGCGCCCUCAAGGACCCUGAAGCUCGCCUUACGUAUCUCGUCAAGCCCGAUGGUGACCUGGCCUUAACCUGGAGACUGGAGACUGAUAUCUCCGAAAACUGGCUGCUGUCCUACGUCGACGCCAACAACAACGAGGAGAUCCACGGCGUCGUUGACUAUGUGGCAGAAGCCACCUACCAGGUCUACCCCUGGGGUUUGAACGACCCCACCGAGGGUUCGCGCCAAAUACUCACCAACCCCUGGGACAUCAAGGCGUCUGAGUUCACGUGGCACUCCGAUGGCACCAACUACACCACGACCCGUGGAAACAACGGCAUCGCGCAGACCAACCCAGACGGCGGCUCCGACUACCUCAACAACUACCGUCCCAGCAGCUCGUCGCUGAACUUCCAGUACCCCUACACCACGAGCCUGACCCCCCCUUCAUCCUACGCCGACGCCUCCAUCACCCAACUCUUCUACACCGCCAACACGUACCACGACUUGCUGUACACUUUAGGCUUCAAUGAAGCCGCAGGCAACUUCGAGAUCAAUAACAAUGGUGCCGGCGGCAAGGGCAACGACUUCGUAAUCCUCUCCGCGCAAGACGGCUCGGGAACCAACAACGCCAACUUCGCCACCCCCCCGGAUGGCCAGAUAGCCCGCAUGCGCAUGUACAUCUGGACCCAAUCGAACCCCUACCGAGACUGCAGCUUCGAAUCCGGCGUCAUCAUCCACGAGUACACGCACGGGGUCUCCAACCGGCUCACCGGCGGGCCCGCCAACUCCAAAUGCCUCGGCGCGCUGGAAUCGGGCGGCAUGGGCGAGGGGUGGGGCGACUUCAUGGCGACUCUCAUCCGGCUCAAGCCGAGCGACACACGCGCGACUAACUAUCCCAUAGGCGCGUGGGUGUUCAACAACCCGGCUGGUAUCCGGUCGGUACUGUACUCGACGAGUCUGACGGUGAACCCCAACACGUAUACUACGCUCAACACGCUCAACGAGGUGCAUGAUAUCGGCGAGACGUGGGCAACCAUGUUGUAUGAGGUUAUGUGGAACUUGAUUGACAAGUAUGGCAAGAAUGAUGCGGCGAAGCCGACGUUGGUGAAUGGUGUCCCGACUGAUGGGAAGUACUUGGCUAUGAAGUUGGUGAUGCUAUGGCUUUGUGAACAACCCUGCAACCCCAACUUCGUCCAGGCACGUGAUGCAAUUCUGGAUGCCGACAAGGCACUUACUGGUGGAAAGAACCAGUGCGAGAUCUGGAAGGGUUUCGCCAAGCGUGGGUUGGGUCAGGGCGCUGCGUACAGCUCCUCUAGGAGAACUGGCAGCACUGUUAUUCCCACUGGUGUGUGCUAG